AUGGCGGAUAGUCAGAAGAAUGGCCUUCGGCUGCAUUGGAAGUCGUUGGCGGCUUGUUCGUUGAUUUCUAUGUCACCAUUUCAGUAUGGUGUUGAUUUUACGCUGAUUGGAGGUUUUCAGGCCAUGAUUGGGUUUUUGAAGAUAUUCGGAGAGAAGUCUGAUAAAACCUCACUGGGCUGGAAUAUCUCUUACGAGCGCCAGCAAUUGAUAUCAUCAUUGAUGACUCUCGGUGCCUUUGUGGGCUCAUGCUCUGCAGGACCCGUUGCAACAUUCAUUGGCCGCAAGACCGCUCUUUAUAUCGCAGUUCUCUUGAUCUAUGUUGCCAACAUCACAAUGAUGACUACGGACACUAUUGCUGGUCUCUACGCUGGCCGUUUGGUUAUCGGACUGGGAAACGGGUUUCUAAUGACGUUUUCACAGCUCUACAUUCAGGAAUGCUCACCAGCCCGAUACCGAGCGCUAAUGCUGGGCGGCUUCCAAUUCUGGACCUCCUUCGGCUCCCUCAUCGGAACGAUCGUCGACAACUUUACAGCUAAGAUAGACGGCAAAAACAGCUACAUCAUUCCUCUCGGCAUAGUAUAUAUCAUUCCCGCAUUCCUAUGCGCUGGCAUGCUUUUCAUCCCCGAGUCUCCACGCUGGCUGCUACAGCAUAACAAGCCCGAGGAAGCUCGCAAGGCCUUGGUGUGGCUGAGACCGGAUCGGGAGACCGUGGAUAAGGAGAUGGAGGAUAUCCAGCAUGCAAUUGAGCUGGAGCAAGACCUGGCUCAUGGUACUUCGGUUUGGGAUAUGUUUGCGAAUCCCGUUGAUCGCCGCAGGACGAUCUUGGCUGUUGCUGCUGUGAGUACUCAGGCUGCUUCUGGGGCUAUGUAUAUGAUUGCUUAUGGAACGUACUUCUUCGAAAUAGCCAAUGUCGGCAACGCCUUUGAGAACAGUUGCAUUCUCACCGCGGUGGGCGUGGUGGCUAUCUUGCUCAACAUCGCCGUGGUGACCAGGAUUGGUCGCCGGAGGCUCUUUUUGACAGUUGGACUUGUCUUUUGUGGCUUCAGUCAGCUCAUCGUAGCCGCGAUCUAUACGGUUCACCCCGGAACUGAGUCGACGGGUAAGGCGAUUAUUGGACUAUCCGUGGCUUUUAUUUUUGGCUACAAUGGAAUGAUCUCAACCUAUGCGUGGGUAUCGGGUGGUGAGCUCCCAUCUCAACGACUUCGAUCCUAUACAUUUGGUCUAGCAGCAGCAGUUGGGUUCUUGGGAGCUUGGCUAACCACGUUCACGGCGCCAUAUUUCAUCAACCCCGACUCACUGAACUGGGGACCAAAAUACGGCUACAUAUGGUUUCCAUCUUGUCUCAUAUCAGCGGCGUUUAUCUUCUUCUUCCUCCCAGAAGUCAAAGGCCGCACGCUCGAGGAAAUUGAUGAAAUGGCAGGUCACAUUCUCGUAGUAGCUUCUCUGUCUAUGCUAACGUUAUAUCUCAGUUCGAGCAACGACUUCCUGCGCGCAAAUUUGCUUCUUAUUUUGAGUGAGGAUGCGGGUAUCAGAGAAUCUGGUGAUUCGGAGAAGGUUACUACGGAGGUUAUUGAGAGGACGGCCUGA